AUGUCGACCCGCCGCGUAGCACCCUAUCUGAGCCCUUACAUCUCGUUGAUCCGGAGCCUGGUCACGCUUGAGAAUAGCAAACAGGUCAGUUGUUGUGUACACCAGCAGUCGAUCUUCAUGUGCUGGCUCACUGACAUGUGGGGGAUGACACGAUGCGAAUCAUGUGUGCAGGUCGUGUUUUGGUAAGCACGACAGUACAACGGAUCGUCUCAGAGGAUGAUGGUGUUGAUAUCGCUUCGCAUGACUCGCGCUACAGGUAUGUGGUACAACUGUACGUGCUUCGCUUGGUGCGACACUUGCGAGCGACCGGCGUCGCAACGACGGUGCAUGAAACCUAUGUGGCCACAGUCAAGGUCGGUGGCAGCCCACGAGUUCAGAAGUAACACCACAUGGACCUUGACCCGGUUGUGCUCUCCCAACAGCGCGGCUUCAAGCUCAUGAUCUACCUGAUCCCCUCGGUCCGACGCAAGGUCCAAGGCGAACUUGACUCGGUCACGAUCGACCUCGAGAAGAAGCUCGCUCCCAAAUACGACAACCUACUCCCUCAGCAUGCCCUGCCCUCAACGGGGCUGAGCAAAGACGAGGUCAUCAAGACCCUCGAAGUGCAUGGCAGUCUUCCAAAUACCAAGUGGGAGAACGGAAGGGUCUCCGGAGCGGUGUACAACGGCACGGUCGAGAUGGGCGAUAUUUGGAGAGAGGCAUUCGGCAGGUUCGAGGUCUCGAACCCGCUGCAUGCCGAUGUCUUCCCUGGCAAGUCCUCGUCUAGAUUGUUUACCAGGGGGAUGGCCCGUUCGCUUACUCGGCCGUCCUUGGAAAUCCAGGCGUACGCAAGAUGGACGCUGAGGUCGUCGCGAUGUGCCUAUCGUUGUUCAACUCACCGCUGCCGACCUCGGCCGUCGAUCAGAACGGCGGCGCAGGAACGACUACGUCGGGAGGCACUGAGAGUAUCCUCAUGGCGUGCAAGGCUUAUCGUGAUCGUGCCGCUGCUGAGCGCGGCAUCACCCGCCCCGAGAUGUAAGGCACCGCGCGUAUACUAAAGCACAUCGAUGACCCGUCUGGACUGAUUCGAUGGUUGUAUCGCACGGCGCCUACAGGAUCGUGCCUGCUUCUGCCCACGCCGCAUUCGACAAAGCCGCAAGCUACUUCAAGAUCAAGAUCCACCACAUCCCCGUCGACACGGAAACGCGGAAAGUCAACAUCAGGAUGGUCAAGCGCGCCAUCAACCCCAACACGAUCAUGUUGGUCGGGUCGGCGGUGCGUUCGUGUGUUGUCCGAGCCGAGACUCCCGGCUAGCUUCUGAUGGGCUGAACUUGCUUUUGCAGCCAAACUUUCCCGAUGGCAUCAUCGACGACAUCUCGGCCCUUUCGAAGCUCGCGAUCAAGCACCAGCUCGGUCUCCACGUUGACUGCUGCCUCGGUUCUUUCCUCGUACCUUUCCUCGAACGAGCCGGCUACCCCGCCGAACCGUUCGAUUUCCGCGUACCCGGUGUGACGUCCAUUUCGUGCGACACCCACAAAUGUGAGAUUCCCGCAGAACACUUCCUAGUUUGAAACAUUUGCUAAUCGCUUCGUUUCAUGUUCGUUCUGCAGACGGCUUUGCACCAAAGGGCAGCUCCGUGAGUUACGCUGUUUUGGAGAAAGUAUGGGUUUAGAGGCUUAUGAAGAGCUCUGACUCCGCAGGUUAUCAUGUAUCGAUCCAAGGCGCUAAGACGGUAUCAAUACUCCGUCAUGGGAGCCUGGGCAGGAGGAACGUGUGAGUACUCUCUGCUCGCCAAAGACACAAGGGAUGAUCUGAUGUUCUGACCUAUCUCUGACGGAGCUGCUAAGACGCAUCGCCUUCCAUGGCCGGCUCUCGACCGGGAGCCAUCAUCGCCGGUGCGUGGGCGUCGAUGAUGAAGAUGGGUGUCGACGGAUACACCGAAUCGUGUCGCGAGAUUGUCGGCGCGGCCAAGCGCAUCGUCCAAGGCGUCUCGGAGAUGGACGACCUCUACGUCCUCGGUGACCCUUUGGUCUCGGUCGUCGCCUUCUCGUCCAAAACGGUGUCGAUUUACGAAGUCGGGGAUGUGAUGAGCAAGAAGGGGUGGCAUUUGAACGCUCUGCAGAGCCCACCGGCGCUGCAUAUCGCUUGUACGAGGUUGACCGUCCCAGUCGUGGAUGAGCUAUUGACGGACUUGAGGGAGGCGGUGGAGGAGGUCAAGUCGCAGGAUAAACCCGGCGAGGGCUCGAUGGUCAUGCUUUGUGAGCGGACAAGUGAAGAUUUACGACGCCGCAAUAGCUUGCUGACGGUCGGUGGCUCUCCGUUAUACCACAGAUGGCUUGGGAUCGUCAAGCGCGAUUGGACCUGGACUCGUGGAGGAGAUGGCCAGUCGAUGUGAGUGGUUGAUAAGUCUCUAAAUUCAGACUUUGGGGAUGGCUCUUGACGCUUUCCGAUUCUUGAUGGCUUUGCCUUUCACAGACAUGGACGUGGUAAGUCGCUUGCCAAUGAGGCUGCGGCAAUGAGUUUUCGUGCUGAACUUCCUUUUGCCGUUUUCACCACCAGCUCUACGCCUGA